CACUCACAGGCAGAUCGGGCGUUGCCACACAACCAGCCUCCACAUUGACCCUCCGCCUCGUGCGCCGCGAACGACGCUGAAACCGCCGCUCCCCUUGGGGAGAGGGUGGCCCAACCGCGCCCUGUACCCGCGAAGAUGUCUCGACAGCAGGGACAGUGGGUGACGCAUGUGUAACACCUGGGGUGUACCUUGCGACGCACCAGACUCCCCACUGCCGCUACACUCAGAGGCAGCAGCCUGAAGACGGCUGACCACGGCCAUCAACACGUUCAGCUGUUCGCGGACAGUGGCCAGCUCCUCCUGCAGGCCACUACUUGCAUUUCACACACGUUUCUCUGCCAGUUACAUGGCGCAGACACGUACGAAGAUUGUGUCUCCAAAAUAUGCUGAAGGUGAUCGGGACCAUGGCUCUCUGUCUUCUAAUAAUUCAGACGCGAUCCCGCUCAGUAUCUUGGCAAGUUUGUGAUUACCUAGAAAACCGUUUGAGUGAAAGAAUCUGCGAAAGCUCAGUCUAAACUACAGUCGCAUUGCGAGUGUCACAAUAAAGUAGAAAACUACACCACUGAUCUCGGGAUACAUUAAAGAUUUAUAAGACAAUGACGUCUGUUUCUUAGACGAGGAACAUGUCGAUGCUCGAAGACUGUAUGGAAAUGUGAACGGCUUUACAGCUUUUACCACUUAGUUUAUUGACAUGCAACACCACUUGGGUGUAGGAAAAUACGGUAACAACGCCUUUAAACAACAGUAAAAAGUCGUUCAUUAUGCGAUUACAACGCCAGUGUCCAAAUUUUUGAGCCUAUAACAUUGAGUGCAUACUUUGUAUGGGGAGGCGAAAAAACCACAAAGCGACAUAAAACGGAAACAAAUGUACAACUAACGAGGGAUGGGAAAGGAAGACUUGGGUUGGUCGGGUGGCUUCCAGAAGCCUGCAGUGUACGUGUUGGCCUGCGACCCUGCGCUGACCUCCGGCGCUACGCUCUGUUCAGCACUGCCUCGGCGUCUCGAUCCAAGUCGGGCGGGCGCGACAGAAGCCUUCGGACGAAUUCUUUGGCGCUCUGCUAGCACCGUAACGGUCCGGCAGACGUCUUACGCUGGUGGAAUGGAGAUUCUGAUUCGGCACGUUUCGAAAAAAGUGGACGCCGUUCUCGCAAAACCCACUUGUCUGAAUUUCGGAAGCCAGUUUACACUGUAGGGUGUGGAACUAUUUCACUGACUCCGUCGUUUGCCCCUCAUACGACCAGGAGAGUCAAGAGUGAUGUCGGAGGUAUGGCAGAUCUUGCUUUGGUUCAGCCAUGACGUAUGUGUCAUCUAAUAAGUACCCGAACGUUCUGUGGGGCAAAGAUGCUCUACAAACACGUCCACGCCAAAAGGAGAUGCAAAUUUAUAUUUGUGCGAAAGUUCCACAACACACGUUCUGGAAAUGGAGGCAACGAGUUUCAUUCCUAAACUGCUCAACCUGGAAAUACCUGGGUACACCAUAGCUCGCAACAAUCGGAUAAAAUGGCGACAUGAUUUAUGAUUGUAUUAUGCAGCAUUCUUUACCACGGAGGUGGGCGCUGCAUCUUUUUCUGAAGAAAGAAGACGCAGGUAUCAAUCUGUUCAAAGGAGAGUUAAACAUACCAAUGAAUUUAGACUAGUGGUUCAAAACCGCUCAAAUGGCUCUGACCUCUAUGGGACUUAACAUCGGAUGUCAUCAGUCCAAUAGAACCUAGAACUACUUAAACCUAACUAACCUAAGGACAUCACACACACCCAUGCCCGAGGCAGGAUUUGAACCUGUGACCGUAGCAGGCGCGUGGUUCCGGAUUGAAGCGCCUAGAACCACUCGGCCAUGGUGGCCGGUCAAGUUUAAUCGUGCCUACCCUGAGACAUUCACCGAGGAAACUGAUUUCUGCAUUAGAUGUACAUUGCUUGUGAUCAGGUGUCAUGGAUCUGAGGAACUUGAGAUAAGGAGGAAGAAAAUUUUUCCUAGUUAGAGGUGCCACCAACUUGGAUUUAAAUAUAAGUCGUGUAACUUUAUGGCUGAAACACGUUUGUUGCUUUGUUAAUUUUUUUGCUAUGACAUAAAUAAACCAUCUUUUGACUGAGAACGAUAACAUUUUUAGAAGGUGAAAGCAGUCUAUCGUAGCACCGCAGUGGUAGUUACAAACCUUAGGUGAUCGCAAAGCAGUACGGGCCCUUGUCAUUUGAAGGAAACUGGUGACGUUGCAAUUGAUUUAGGGUGGACAACACUUUCACAGCUGCUGUUUCAUACAGGUAUGCAUGCGCCUCGUACAAGUGUUGAGGGUGCAGUGUGAGGGCUGCUCAGUGGCACUGUGUUUCAGGACCACCCACCAUGUCGGCAGUUACGGAGGUUCAGAACAACACAACCGAGGCCCUGGCCGCCCUGGUAGAUGGGGGUGAAGACGCCCUGGUGACGCUGGUGGCGGGCGAGACGAGGGUGGCGGCUCACAGGGCCGUGUUGGCGGCCGCGAGCCCCGUGUUCGAAGCGAUGUUCGCGCACGACAUGCUGGAGGCCAGCUGCGGCCAGGUGAGCAUCGACGACGUGGAGGGCCCGGUGCUGAGGCUCCUGGUCGCCUACACGUAUACCCUGCAGGCCCCCCAGCUGCCCGACACGGCCGCCCAGCUGCUCUCGGCGGCCGACAAAUACGGCUUGUCGGCCCUGAAGGCUGCCUGCGAGCGGCAGCUGAUCUCGCAGUUGGCCGUCGAGACCGCAGCGGCGACGGCCGUCACGGCAGUGAGGCACUCGUGCCCGGACGCCUCCAGGGCUGCCGUCGCCUUCAUAAAGGACCACCCGCAGGUGAUGGCCACGCGGGGCUGGGCGGACGCUGUGCUCGAGUACCCACAAGAAGUCAUUGAAGUCUGCAGUAUGCUCGGUGAGCCACCGGCAGAAGCCAGUUCGCCGACCGCCACAGGGGGCGGGUCCACCCCCAACUCUGACAGUCAACCCCACAGCGGCCACAGCCGGUCUCCUGCUGCAGCUGCGCCUCCCACGUCUGCCCGACACACCCCUCCACCUGAUGACGCAGCCGUCUCGCGCUUCCGGAGCCUUUCUGAUGAAGAGCGAGGCAGGAGGCUGAUGAAGGCGGCUGAGGAGGGGGCGGUGGAGGAGGUGCGGGCGUUGCUCGCGGCUGGGGCGGACGUGGGGGCGAGGGGCGGGGGCGGGUGGACCGCCCUGCACAGGGCUGCACAGAGAGGCGACGCGGCUGUGGUGCGGCUGCUGCUCUCUGCGGCGUCCGACCCCAACUCCAGGAAUCAGUGGGGGCAGACGCCGCUGCACUGGGCGGCAUGGAAUGGCCAAGCAGAAGCGGCGGCUGCGUUGCUGCAGGCCGGAGCCGACAGGGGGGUGAGGACUAAUAAGGGGAACACCGCCCUGGACAUCGCCAGGCGGUACAACCAUCAGGAGAUCGUCAGGAUGCUAACACAGAGUUAAUACACGCUACUAGAGGAAAUGACAUCCUGCACUUCAUUCUACAUGAUAUUAAAAUAA